UUUUGGUGACGUUCUCUGAAUGCUGUUGGAGCGUUUGAACAUGAAGUUUUCAUUUGAUUCAUCAAACGUGGAUUCUCCUCAGAGAAGAAGAAAGAUGCUUCAGAGGUCGAGGGACGUCACGGCUCCUGGCUGUGUACGGCGGCUCGGAGUGGUCAGUUCGCGCCGCUCCGCCGCUCGUGCUGACGAUGGGAGACGUUCUUUGCGAAGAGCUCGAGGAUUUAGUUCAUUUCUCAGUGCAUGACCUGCCGACACGGGGGUAUGUCGUCAUGGAGGAGAUCCGACGUCAAGGGAAACUCUGUGACGUCACGCUCAAGGUCGGGGAUCAUAAAUUCAGCGCUCACCGGAUUGUUCUGGCAGCCUCCAUCCCAUACUUUCACGCCAUGUUCACCAACGACAUGGUGGAGUGUAAACAGGACGAGAUCCUGAUGCAGGGCAUGGACCCCAGUGCUCUGGAGGCUCUGAUAAACUUUGCGUACAGCGGCCACGUUGCGAUCGACCAGCAGAACGUUCAGUCUCUUCUGAUUGGCUCGAGUUUCCUGCAACUGCAGAAUGUUAAAGACGCCUGCUGCUCCUUCCUCCAGGAGAGGUUACAUCCGAAGAACUGUCUGGGCGUCCGUCAGUUUGCCGAGACCAUGAUGUGUACGACUCUGUACGACUCGGCUAACAGCUUCCUCCACCAGCACUUUGUGGAGGUUUCUUUAUCGGAGGAGUUUCUGGGUCUGAGGACGGAGGAGGUGCUGGAGCUCGUCGGCUGUGACGAACUCAAUGUUAAAGCAGAGGAACAGGUAUUUGAUGCGAUUCUGGCCUGGGUCCAUCACGACCGGGACCGGAGGGAGUCUCUGCUGCCAGAGCUGCUGUCGAAGAUCAGACUUCCUUUGUGUCGACCUCAGUUCCUGUCAGACCGAGUCCAGCAGGACGAACUUGUACGCUGCUGCCAUAAAUGCAGAGAUCUGGUGGAUGAAGCCAAAGAUUUCCACCUGAUGCCAGAGCGUCGUCCUCACCUUCCCCCCUUCAAAACUAGACAGAGGUGCUGCACGUCCAUCACGGGACUCAUCUAUGCCGUGGGAGGACUCAACAGCUCAGGUGACUCCUUAAAUGUGGUCGAAGUGUUCGAUCCGAUCGGGAACUUCUGGGAGCGCUGUCAGCCAACGAGGACGGCGCGUAGCAGAGUGGGCGUGGCCGUCGUUAAUGGGCUGCUGUAUGCCAUUGGUGGAUAUGAUGGCCAAUCGCGGCUGAGCACAGUGGAGGUUUACAACCCGGAGACGGACAGCUGGACACGGGUGUCGAGCAUGAACAGCCAGCGCAGCGCCAUGGGAACGGUUGUGAUUGACGGACAUAUCUACGUUUGCGGCGGCUACGAUGGAAAAUCAUCUCUGAACUCGGUGGAGUGUUACUCUCCAGAGACCGACAGGUGGACGGUGGUGACGGAGAUGAGUGCGAGUCGCAGCGCUGCAGGUGUGACUGUGUUUGACGGACGCAUCUUUGUCUCAGGGGGCCAUGACGGUUUACAGAUCUUCAACACGAUGGAGUACUACAACCACCACACCAACCGCUGGCACCCAGCAGCGGCGAUGCUGAACAAGCGUUGUCGUCAUGGGGCGGCGUCUCUGGGCAGUCACAUGUAUGUGGCGGGGGGGUACGACGGGUCGGGGUUCCUGAGCGGGGCGGAGGUGUUCAGCUCUGCCUCGGGGCAGUGGAGCCUCCUGGUGGCCAUGAACACUCGGCGCAGCAGGGUGUCUCUUGUGUCAACGUCAGGUCGUUUGUACGCUGUAGGCGGAUACGACGGACAGUCCAACCUCAGCUCCGUGGAGAUGUACAACCCCGACACCAACCGCUGGACCUUCAUGGCCCCCAUGGUCUGCCAUGAGGGGGGGGUCGGGGUAGGCUGCAUUCCCCUGCAGCCUGCCUAACCCCGCCGAUCAGAGGCUGAGGAUCGAUGCAUUACUGCCGGCUGCAGGCGGGGAGGCAGCGCCCUCAGGUGGCGAUCACUGAGCUUUAUCGGUACAACGGCCGGGCUCAGACUCGCACACUGACGCCAGGCCUGUGGGAUUAUGGGUAAAAACUGUAGAGCUAGCCCGCACAAGCUAGCCGCUAGCAUUGUGCCGUUAGCGCGUGUGGACCGAUUAAUGAUAAAUAUUGAUUUUAUACUUGAUUGAAACGACCAACCAGAACUUAUUUCCUCUCCAAACAAACAAACAAAGCUGCUGAUUUGAAACACUUUGACUGCUCUGAUCCAUUUUCUGGGACCACGUUCACUGGACUGUUUUAUUGCUAAUCUUUAAUUGAAGAGUGUAAUCCACAGACAGACAGGAAGCAGAGAUGCAGACACAUGAAGAAGAAAGACGGAAAAAAUAUUGAGGAAUGAAAUAACAUUUAAACUAAAAACCCAGAGCUGAAUUCUCCACAGAGUGAGACAUCUGCUCCUAAGCCGGUCACAGAGCAGAGUAAACUCAUGUCAGCGCCCCCAGCAGGCUGCAGAGCUUACUCCAGUCUGACCUGUGCUGGACUCAAACCCGCAGAGUCUGUCCUGAUGGUGGCAUGUCAGAAAACUUGAUGAGUAUUUAACAUCCAAAGGUUCAUACUUUGGGGAGUCAGAGAGUUUUAGUCUCGAGUCUGUGGAGCGCCAACAUCUGCGCGGCGGAAAACACAGUUGGAUAUGAUUCAGCGUGACUCCCACUUCCUGAGGAUAUCAUUAUCUCUGAUGUCCCUCCAGAAUAAAGCUCUAGAAAUCCACUUCGUAAUCAGAGGAAAAAGAGGCUGCAGAACUCCAUUCAGAAUCUUGCUGUUUUUAAGUUUCCUUCAGUAUCACAGUGAUCCAGUGACAGUUGUCUGUACACCCACGGCUAUGCUGCAAACAGGAGCUGACCACAGAUAUUUCAGCAGCUUUAAUUGAGACGUUUUGACUGAAUGGAAACAGAUAUAGGCUUAAAAACUGGGGCUCAAAGGCCCUGUUCAUACUUGGUAUUAACAUGCAUCCUGGGAGAUCCGACCACAGGUGCACGGCUCCAAGUACAGGUGACGCAUUGAGGACACCAAGUAAUAGAUCCAGACUGUAUCGUUUUGAUUUCUUCUUCUUCUUCUUCUUUUAUUUUCGGGUAGACUAGGCACAGGAAGUGCACCGCUGCCUCCCGCUGGUUAAAAACAACAACGCAUUUGGUCUCUGCAAACACAAACGAGCUACGUGUUUAUUUGCACAUAGAGCGGGAGGCGUGAUCCGAUCACAAGACGCGUGUUAAUGCCAGGUCUGAACAGGGUCUGAGAGAUCAGCAGACCUGAGCUGCAGCUACAUUACAACAAACUUGUGAUGAGCUGAGCUUUUACAGGGUCUUGUUCUCCUGAUGGUUUUAAUUUAUCUGUCUACAUGUUGGUGUUGACAUGUUCCCAUCUGUCAGGUCAGUAGAAACAUUUUGGACUGAUGAAAAAAGACGGGAUUAAAAUCACUGAGCAGAGCAGGUGACGUUACAAUCCCUCCUCCCACACACACACUCACACAGAAAUCCAGUCUGAAUAGAGCUUCAGAUAGAUGAUUAUUUAUUUCAUAAUAUCCUAAAUAAUGAUUUCACAUUGAACAAUUUGAAGCUUCACACAAUCUGUCAGUUUAAAUCUAAAACUCAGUCACAUCUGCAGGAGAGAGUUUAAUAAAACACAUUAAAUCCUCAAAAUGUUGUGUAGUGUUUAUAAACCUGCUUCUUUUCCACCAUCAGAUUUGAUUUGUUGUCAUGUUUUUAACAGCUGAGACUGGAGAGAUCCACCUCAGUAACUCAGUCAAGUCAUUAUAGUUAAUUAAUGGUCUAAAAUUAAUGCAUCAUUAGAAAUUAUUAUUAAAGUGAGUCGACCUGGAAUCUGAAAGAAAUCCUCACGAAAUCUUUUUAAUAAAUUGAUUUAACGUUUUAUUAACUUUUGUCAAACUUAAGAACAGUAAAACAUUUUUAACUUAGAAUAAAAAAUAACGUCAAAUACUGUAUGAUACUGUGUUUUCAGUAAUAAUUAGUUAUUUAGUUGCUAAAUUCAUUAAAAUUGUUACACAUUUUUUGCCACUUUAAAUCCACUGGAAACUUUCCUGAACUUUCAGCUGGAUUCGAUGGCCUUCCUCAGCAGAUGGAUUUUUCCGUUGUCAUGGAGACGGUUCAGUUUUUACUACGUGACUAGCUCCAUUUGCUGAUGAAAGACAUGAGAUGCGGCUGAAAGCGCUGAAAAAUGAAGAAUUUUUUAUUUCCAAGGUCCAGAAUAAAUCUAAAACCUCAGUGUUAUAUAUUAAAUAUGUUUUACGCAAAACUAAUCUGAUGAAUUCAUAGUACAAAAAUAAACAUACAUUUAAAGUUGAUAUAUGAUCAUUUUAGUGAAUUGUUUCAAUUUAAAGCACUGUUUUUAUUCAGUUGGUCCUCUUCAGCCUCCGAACAUUAUCAGUGAUCUUUAGUUUUAUUUUUAUUGAUUAAGUUAUGA